AUGGAGUAUGUACAUUGUGAAGCAGUGCACAAGAAGGCAAAAUCAAGAAUAAAUUACUAUUCAUCAUGUGGAUUUCAAUCUGAAAAUCCAGAUUUUAAAAACAUGGUUUCUAAAGCCAAGAACCAUCUUGCUGCACUAGCUGGUUCUUGUCAAGGUUUUAUUGAGAAUAACCCGAAUAAAAUUAAUCGGUUUUCUAAAGUUGGCAGGCCUAAGAAAAAAAGGGUUUAUAAUGAUGAUCUUGAGAUUGAAGAGAAAUUGGUGAAAAAAGAUGACAACUUUAUUACUCUAGUGAAAAGAUUCAACAACCCGAAAAGAAGUUUGAUCGGGAGGGUUCAAGAAACGGUCAAACGAGGUUUAAUCAGCCAGGUGCAGGGAAAAAGAUUAGAGAUGGGUUCAAAUGUUAGUUAUCGUAAGAAAGAUGGAAAAGUUAUUGCGAAAGGGCGGGCCAAUGAUGAAGGGAUUCAAUGUGAUUGUUGUGGGGUGUACUUUUUAUUAUGUAAAUUUGAAGCUCAUGCUGGUAGUACUUAUCAUAGACCAGCAGCUUAUAUCUUUCUUGAAGAUGGGACUGGGAGGUCUAUUUCUGACUGCCAAAGUCAAUUAAAACUACUCGAUAAAAAUAAUCUGUUUAAGGUCCCUAAAACACCAGAUCGUGCGUGUGAAGUCCCUAAGCCGCCACAAGUAUUGACAGGCCAUGAUGAUUUCUGUUGGGUAUGCAAAGAUGGCGGUGAGUUGUUGUUAUGUGAUUCUUGUACAUCGUGUUACCAUCUGUCCUGCAUUGGAUUGAAAAGCAUCCCCAAAUCAAGCUGUUACUGGUUUUGUCCUACCUGUUCUUGUGGUAUUUGUGAUCGUGACAAGAUUGGUAACUUCACUGAUGAUAAAGAUAGCUGUAAAGUUAAAUGUGGACAAUGUCGGCACCAGUACCACAUUGAUUGUAUUAGAAACUUGGGCUUUUCAAUGUCUUGUGACUCUAAAUAUUGGUUUUGUAAAGAGGCUUGUGAACAAAUAUUUCUUGGCCUUAAGGGGAUAUCUGGCCAGACGAUUCCUUUGCCAGUUAAUGGCUUAAGUUGGAGAUUGUUACAGAUUGACUAUGAACACAGCAUGGAGGACUGUGCAGAAACUUACGGUAAACUAAAUGACGCGUUAGAUGUGAUGCACGAGUGUUUUGAGAUGGUAAAGAAUCCGUUGUCCGGCAAUGAUAUCAUGGAAGAUGUCAUCUUUAGUAGAGACAUAAAGGGUUCGAAUUUUGCGGGGUUUUUCACUGCAGUUUUGGAGAAAGAUGAGGAAAUAAUUACUGUGGUUAACUUUCGGGUGCAUGGUUGUAAAGUGGCCGAGAUUCCAUUAGUUGCAACAAGAUUUCAACACAGAAAAUUAGGGAUGUGCAGGAUUUUGAUGGAUGAGCUUGAAAGGAAAUUGAAAUACUUAGGGGUUAAGAGACUCGUUUUGACUGCCGUUUCAGAGAUGGUUAGUACUUGGACAGAGUCAUUUGGGUUCACUGUGAUGUCAGAAGCUGAAUGUUUAGAUGCUGUUGACUGCAAGUUUCUUGAAUUUCCUGGUACCGUAAAAUGUCAGAAAGUCUUGAAGAAUAUGUGA